AUGAGAUCAGCACUUUAUAACGAUAUUAACAAACAAAUUGAAACUUUGCAGAAAAAAAUUGAAAAAUAUAAUAAAAUUAUUGACGAAAAUAAUAAAAAAAACAAACAUUUAAGUGAAUAUGAUUUAUUAAUAUUGAAUGGGAAAUAUACAAGAAAAGUUCUUAAAGAAGAAAAAAAUUUAAAUGAAUUGAAAGAAAUGAAAAAGAAUGAUAACAAAAAUAACUAUUUUAGUAAAAUAAGUGAUACAAUUAUUUUAUGUUUAUGUUCAAAAAAUAAAUUAAUUAGACAUAUAAAAAAUCAAAUAUAUGUCGUAUUUAUUUUCUUAAUUUUAAAUUAUUUUACUAAUAAUAACUUAAGAGAAUCAUGUUUAAAAAUUCAUUCCCAUUUAAAAUUUCAAAAUAAUUUUAAAAUAACACCUUCAGAUCCUUGCAGAAAUAAUUUACUUCAUUUCUUAGGUGGCUACAACAUUACAAACUUAUUUUUCUUCACAAUGAAGCAAAAUUUUAUUAAUUUAUUUUCAUUGAUCAAAAGAAAGCAUAUUCAAUAA